AUGAGUCUAACUACUCAACAACUAAACCGAAAUCAUGAACGGAGCACUAUUGCUUUAUCGUGUCCGACAAAUGUGAGAAGUGGUACUCCAAGCAAGGAGCACCGCCAGACUCUUCACUUGAGUCACCGCAGUUGGGUCCCCGUUGGCUGUUGGGACUGCCCGUACAACCACUGCAGUCCACUAGGUAUGGUUAGUGAAUCAAAAUAUCAAAUCGACAGUGAUUACUAUGAUGGGCCUUUGUCGCAGUUAUGGAGUAACUGCCCAAAAUUUUCCAACGCGUGUGGAACGGACCCUGCCAACCCAAUGCCGGAUAACAUCGAGUACCACCCAGAUCGGGAAGUUGAUGGUCGUCCGUUUGUGAUGUUUGCUUACCCCCCUGCGCCUACCACCAACAUUUAUGACGUCUUGGUUACCUCUUCACGGAGGGCUAAAUGCUCGGAUGAUGUUGUGGUUUUGGGAGAUUUAAACGCAAAAUUGGGAAGACUUUUGGCAUUUGAGGCUCAGAUGGUAAUUCUGUCUGGAUUCAAGAGCAUUUGGAUUUACGCAAUAUCCACUUACGAAGUAACCGAAUUCGUCUGGCCAAAUUGUUUGCAGAGAGCAUGCCGACCGCCGACCAAAUUGAUUGCAUCGGCAUCAGUUACCGAUGAUGCGGACCAUAAACUGACCGACACCCAUUUUAAAACACACGUAUGGGCUACGACUAUGUGCUCAUCCGGAGUCGCUUCUUUUCACUUUCUAGGUCGCAGACAGGCAACUCCCUUAGCAACUGAAAGGCUAACAAAUCCUGAAGUUCGACAAAUUUAUCAGAACCAUCUUCUGGUCUCUCUUCCAAGUGCUCUACCGUCGGAACGAGUUCACCACAUCCCUGAACGGUGCUGGGAGUUCCGCCUGUGGUGUAAUCCUACCUGGUCUCCUCAGACAGAACAGUGA